AAUUUUUGUCUGCUUGUUAGGAAAUAUGCAUAUAACUAAUUUACAUAAGUAUUCAGGUCGGAAAGUCGCUCGAAAUGAACGGAAAGUUUCGGCUCUUACUGCUCAUGACAUGUCUUCUGUGGGCGCAGCUAUGUAGGACGCAGGACCACCUCAAGCUUAAGAAACUAACCGCAGAUCUGGUAAAUGCCAUUGCGGAGGCUAAUUCUGGAAAGAAAUAUGGAGCCGAGUGGGUUCCGUCGCUGGGCCAAGCUCUUGAAGAGGUGCAUAUAACAUCAUCCAGGCGAUGUUUUCUAUUUGACAUACUGGCCCACAAAGUGCAGAAACUCUGCCCGAGGCCUCCGCAAUACUAUCCCCCGCCCUCGUCCAACCGACCGAAACCAAAACCGCCACCGCGGCCACCACCACCUCCACCUCCACCACCACCACCGCCUCCUUCUGCUCCGUCUACAUCAGUGGUAAGCAGUACAGAGGCACCAUUUCUGCCACCGGCACACAUAUCGGACGGUCUGGAGUACCCCGAUGGCUCCUAUUUUCCCUGGUGCUAUAUGCCUUACUGCCCCACGAUUUGCCAGCCACCCUACUGCUAUCCCUGCAGAUCGCCACACUGCGAUCCCAAGUGCGUCCCGCCAGAUUGCUAUCCACCAUGCAAAGAGCCGGGCUGUAGGCUCCCACCGACCUGCUGGCAACCUUACUGCCCGAGUCCCUGCACCUCUCCAAUGUGUAUUCCCGGAAACAUUGAAGGCAGGAUUGCAAGCUGCGUGCCACCCUACUGUCCGCCGCCCAUGAAUUGCCAGAAGCCCUACUGCCCCAAGAUUUAUCAACCCGUGGCGGCCAGAUCGUUUCUGAGGUUCGGAGCGUGUCCCAUGCGUGACAUAGUCUCCAGAACCAAGCGGCGGGGAUAAUAGGCCAAACUGAAUAAAUAAUAAUACAUUCAA